GCUGGAUUACGGCUACAGGGUCGGGGGCUGGGGUAGGGGGCCAGCCGUCUGCCCCCCCACGCCGCACCUCACAGAGGUCACGGUCAACAAGACACUCUUGACCCCCAUUACCAUGGAUAUCGACCCCAAUUACCAGGCCGUGAGGACCCAGGAGAAGGAGGAAAUCAAAGUCCUCAACAACCGCUUCGCCUCCUUCAUCGAUAAGGUGCGGUUCCUGGAACAGCAGAACAAGAUGCUGGAGACCAAGUGGAGCCUCCUGCAAGAACAGACCACAGCGCGCUCCAACAUCGACCAGAUGUUCGAGGCCUACAUCGCCAACCUGCGCCGCCACCUCGACACACUGGGCCACGAGAAGCUGCGGCUGGAGGGAAACCUCACCAACAUGAAGGACCUGGUCGAGGAGUUCAAACACAAAUAUGAAGAGGAGAUCAACAAGCGUAAUGACUGUGAAAAUGAAUUCGUCCUCAUUAAGAAGGAUUCAGACGCGGCCUACAUGGCCCGAGUGGAGCUGGAGGCAACACUGGAUAACCUGCACGAUGAGAUUCAGUUCCUCAGAAGUCUCUACGAACUGGAACUGCAUGAGCUUCAGUCUCAGAUCACAGACACGUCCGUCGUCGUGGAGAUGGACAACAGCCGCAACCUGGACAUGGACGCCAUCGUGGCUGAGGUGCGCGCUCAGUACGAGGACAUCGCCAACCGCAGCAGAGCCGAGGCUGAAGCCUGGUACAAACAGAAGUAUGAAGAGAUGCAGGUUUCAGUCACAAAAUACGACGAUGACCUGAAAUCCUCCAAGGGCGAGAUCGCUGAGUACAACCGCAGAGUUACCAGGCUGCAGACGGAGAUCGACCUCAUCAAAGGACAGCGCGGUACCCUGGAGACCCAGAUUGCGGAAGCGGAGGAGCGUGGCGAGCUGGCCGUGAAGGAAGCCCGCCUCAAGCUGAAGGAUCUGGAGGGGGCUCUGCAGCGCGCCAAGCAGGACAUGGCACGCCAAGUGCGCGAAUACCAGGCCCUCAUGAACAUCAAGCUGGCCCUGGACAUCGAGAUCGCCACCUACAGGAAGCUGCUGGAAGGAGAGGAGUACAGAAUGUCACAGGGCAUCCAGGCCAUUAGCAUCUCAAAGAACACAUCCGUUGGACACUACCACUCCUCCUUCCCCUUGGAGACGUCAGGGGUCACGAUGGACCUGCGUCCCCCCAGCCAUGUCAUCAGUGCCGGCAUGCUGACCAAAGACAUCAGGGGCCCCAUGACCAAGGACAUCAAGGAGACCCACACCAUGACAAAGGACAUCCGGGUUGAGGAGGCCGUUAUUCAGAACGGUGCCGCCCAGUAAUGAAGGACGUGAAAACAAAAAACAUCCUUUUUAUUGAUUUUUAUAACAACAUUUUAGUAACAUCAUUAACACAUUAUAUAUUGUUUUAUAACAGCAUACAUGAAAUAGUCGAACUGUUCACACCUUGCUGCUCAUGUCCUCUGAACUAUUGGUUACCACGAGCACAAACCAUUUGGACGGUUACGUAAUAUUGUAGAAUACACAGCUGGUAAAACUGGUUAUUGUUUAUACUUGCAAGUUGCCCUGUUGACAACUUUUUUGGAGACCAAAGGAAAUUGUGUUUUUUUGUGUGUGUGAUAAUCAAUUCUGUUAGACCCUCACCUGGCCAGCAGGUGCCGCCAUUUUGUCGAUAAAUAAAUCCACCAAUUCC